AUGACUUACUGUGAUUUCUUCCUCUCUAAAGACUAUCCUUCUGACGACUAUUCUGUCAGCCUUGGUACCGCGUAUGCGUAUGGCAAUAUUGGAAUCCCUCCCGAAAGUAUUCCGGAGAGCAACUUUUCUUCUAAAAUACCAGGAAUGCCUUCUCCAGAUGAUCAACUGCUUCAUAAUUUAAUGCGAAAUCUUAUCAAUGGGUUCCUUGCCCUUAUUGGCAUCUUAGGCCUGGUGGGAAAUGGAAGGACAAUUUACCUCCUGGCCUUUUCCAUUAAGAGGAAUCCUUUUACUACUUUCAUCCUGAAUCUCUCCAUCGCUGAUUUUGGGGUCCUCGCAUCCCUUAUUAUGGCAGCAAUAUUUGUGGCAGUGUCAACUCUGGGUAAAAGAAAUGAGAGUGUCCAAAACUUUUUCUUCUUGUUUUUUGAGCUCUUUUCCUUCACCUAUUCUGCCAGCCAGUUUCUGCUGACGGCCAUCAGCCUGGACAGGUGCGUGGCUGUCCUCUUCCCUCUCUGGCAUCGCUGCCAUCGUCCAUCCUAUCUGUCUCCCCUUGUUUGUGGCCUCAUCUGGAUCCUCUCCUUCCUGCUCUCUGCGGUGCACUUCAUUCUGCAUCUGACCAACAGCUUUGGAAGGUCACGCUUUCUUUACCAGCUGAUUGUGAAUGGUCUACUUUGCACGCCUCUCAUGGUUGUGUCAUCUGUGAUCCUCUGGAUUCAUAUGAGGUCUAAAUAUCAACGCAAUCAAAGGAAACUUCUCACCACCAUAUUGCUGGCUCUCCUUUUCUUCCUCCUUUUCUCUCUCCCAAAGUAUGCCUUAUAUAUCGUUUAUUAUUUACGUUUCCAUUAUCCUGUCCUCUUAACAAUUGGGAUAAUAUGUGCCACUCUCAACAGCAUCAUCAACCCACUCCUUUAUUUCUUAGUGGGGAGGAAGAAGGGAAAGGAUCAGCCCAGAUCAUCUCUGAAGGUGGCUUUGCAAAGAGUCUUCAAGGAUGAACAGGACAGCCCAGAAGGGUAG